CCGAACAUGCCGCGUGAUAUCACUUGUUAUUAAACAGUCAGAGCUAAAAUAAAUUAAAUUAUAAAGAGAAAGGGAAAAUGAAUCGGAAUCUGCUGCCAUAUUUUCUUAUGAAGACUCGAUUUAUUUGGACGUCUGUGUUCUUGUUCAUACAUGGUGUGUCAGCUGUUGAAACAGAUGUAUCAUCAGUGUCAGUGAUGGAGGAAGAUUCAAUCACUCUAAACACUAGUUUUGAAACAAACCAACAAGAUGAUAUAAAAUGGUAUUUCAGUGGCAUUCGCAUCGCUCUAAUCACUGGAGAUUUCCAUAAGAUCUGUACAGAUGUUCAGUGUAAUGAAGGAACUGAGAGAUUCAGAAACAGACUGAAUCUGGAUCAUCAGACUGGAUCUCUGACCAUCACAAACAUCAUAAACACAGACUCCGGACUUUAUGAAUUAAAGAUCAUCAGCAUCAGAAAAAGCAGUGAAAGGACCUUUAAUGUUACAGUUCAUGAUAUUCCUGCUAAUGAACGAGAGCAAAUGCAGAGAAAGUCAGUGAAGGAGGGAGAAUCUGUCACUUUAGAUCCUGCUGUAAUGAAAAACCCAGAGGAUGUGAUGAUGUGGUAUUUUAAUCAUAUUCUCAUCGCUGAAAUCACUGGAGAUCAGAGUAAGAUCUGUAGAGAUGAUCAGUGUGAUGAGAGAUUCAGAGACAGACUGAAGCUGGAUCAUCAGACUGGAUCUCUGACCAUCACAAACACCAGAACCACAGACUCUGGACUUUAUCAUCUACAGAUCAACAGCAGCAGAUUCAGCAUCAUGAGGAGCUUCAGUGUUUCUGUCAUUGUUCCAGAUUCAAGUUUGUCAUCAGCUGCUGUAGCAGGAAUAUGUGCUGCUGCUGCUGUUAGUGUCCUGCUGCUGCUGGUGACUUUAUCUGUGAUUUGUUACCGUGGUCAAGUAAGAAGGAAAGACACCAGGAUGCAGUACAGAUAUCAGGUUAAUGGUGUUGAUUUGUCACCUAAUCCGAGUGAGACUCCACUGAUGAAUGAUGCUGGUGAGAGAUCCUGUAAUCACACUGUUGCUCAAGUGAGAAACACUACCAGUGACUCUUCUCCGAAUCAGAUUGAGAUCGAGUCUGAGGCUGCCAGUGAGAUCUAACAUUAUGAUGCUUUCACUGAAAUGGAAAGUGAAGAAAGGAUUUAACGAUCGUAAGACAAUCUCUCGUUGCUCAGAGAAAUAGUGUUCCUAUACUAAGAUUUUAGGAGUCACUACUGAUUCCAGGUGCAACUUUAUCUCAACACCAAUUCUAUAUAAAGUUAUAUAAACUUGAAUUCAAAAUAUAAAAUUAAAAGUUAUUAUUAGGUUACUUUUAUUAUUAAAUUACAAUUAAUUUGCCCCACAAUAAUUUCAUAGCACAUCACCACAUAACUGACACGCUGAUGAUAAUGAAAGUUUACCACUCAUUGAAAAUGUUUUUGUAAGGUCUUUUAGAACAGGUCUGUUAAUUUAUACAAUGAAUUAACAGGCGUAUAAUUAAAAUAAUUAACACUGCAGUCCUCAAUGAAAAUUAAGAGCAGCUUUAUUUCUAGCAUCGACUUUCAAAAACAACCUGUUUUAACACAAUUUUUUUUUUUUAAGUGAGUGAAGUGACAUUCAGCCAAGUAUGGUGACCCAUACUCAGAAUUUGUGCUCUGCAUUUAACCCAUCCGAAAUGCACACACACAGAGCAGUGAACACACACACACACACUGUGAGCACACACCCGGUGUGCCGUUAUCAGCAUAUGUUGAAGUAGAUUCGUCUCAUGUUGUAUUUGGGAGAAUAUGCGUCAUUAAUGCAGCUUUAA